UCACCAUCUACCCCUACGACUGCAACCAUAAUUUAUAAGCCCAGGGCAUACUAAAACGAAACCACAAGCCCUCUGUCGAAACAGUUGAUGUCACAACAAGCAGGCGCCGGCGCCGGUGCCGGCACCAGCGACAGACUCUACCUCCCAAAUAGUAGCAUCUACAUCACUCGGGCUAACAAUGGGAGGCCUGCUUUAGGCCGUAAGAAGCACGACAGUCUCUUGCAGGACUUUGGGUUUGACCUCCUUGGCCAGAGUGUCGGCAUCCCGUCCCGCAUGGAUGCUGAACGGUGGGCUCGCCGUAUGAACGCCCCGUCUACACCCCAGAGCUCGGGCAUUGCCACUCCCACGCGCGUCACUCGCUUCUCUAUCCCUCGCAGUAGGCCUGAGAGCCGCAACCAUACUCGUGGGUUUGAGGAUUCCGGUUCAAAUGGAACAGUAGGGCCAAGAGCCCCGUACUCCGCAUCGCGUGGUCUUAACUCUGCAAGUCUGCCACCCAACAUCCAGACCCAAUACCAACAACCCGCACCACCAACACUCCCUCCUAUGUACACUGCUCAUCAGAGACAGUUUUCCUACGCAGACGGCUCUCUAAACUACGCAACACCAUACAGCCCUAUGACACCAAACCUGCAGUCCCUUAAUAGCUCCGGAUUUGUAAACCCUCGAGCAGCCUCGGCGCCUCUUUUCUAUCCAUACUACCCGUCUUCAAAUCCGUACCUCCAACCAAAUCUUGGCCCUCCUGUUAUACCUAAUCCGGCACCGACACCCCCUUCGGCAUCGCCACUAUGGACAACACAAACCCAAGGCAACAUAGGCAGAGCAGCCAGUAACGCCUACGCCCACCCCAAGGCGAGCGAAACUCGGAGAUUCGAGGAUCAUUAUAACUCAUACGUGAAGGCUCAAGAGCAAGAUACGCAGAGACACGGAGAUCAGGACGGAGGAGUGGCCAAGGCAAAGGAGACGGAACAGGACUUGAGCAAGCGUUCUCGGCAUGCCAACUUUUGUAUCGGUUGUGGGAAAAAACGAGCCAAGGAAUAUCGAGUGGAAUGGCCCUUGGACAAGGAAGAGAGGCUGGAACGACAUUAUUGCGAGAAAUGCCUACACGACGGGACUUUUCCCGAGGACGACGACGAAGCCGUUGGAUCUCCUCUCAGUACUAAUGCGAGUCCGGCUAUGCCGGAGCCUCGUGAGAAAAGGCCUACAUCGCCAUUGUCUAGGGGAAGUUCCGAGCCCAAGGCGGAACGAAACCCGAACGUGCGCGCGGCAUCGGUGGUUGACGAAGAAGCGGAACAGGCGGACGCCAAUGUGCAUAUAUCAGAACCCGCGAUGUCGUCUCAUCAUCGAGAAACCCCACCCGAGGGUAGAGCUGAAGAAGGUGCCCCAAGGAAUGAUUACGCCGAAGGCCCCGACCGCGUCGGCGACCGCGGACGCCCAAACCAGAAAAGGACCGCGCCGCUCCCAAGUCUUCGAAAAAAUACAGGCGAUUCCUGCGAGGAGUCUCCGGUUCGAUAUGCAGACCGGAACAAACCCACGAGUCGAGAGCCAGCUUCGCGCGUGCGGCUUGGACACUCCACGCACUUGGGAGAUUUUCAUGCAUCGGUCGGCGAAGAGACGCGCAGCCCGGGGAAACGACACCGCCGCCGCCGCCGCCGCCACGACGCCCACCCGGACGUAAUGCCCGGAUCUGAAAGCGGCUCAGAACCCGAUCAGCGAGGGCGCUAUGGUCGCGGCAAAAUUCGGCAGCGGCACGAAAGCGCCGGAACGGAGCGCCCCAGAGUCCAGAGCAGGAGGCGCCAGAGAUAUGGGAGGGAAGAAGAACCUCCGACGCCGCGCGAAUAUCCGUGUGCGUUUGGAUGGGAGCAGCCCGCAGUCACAGAUCCGUCGUCUGGGGAGGAGGCCGCUACUCCGGGCGCUGCACCCAAAUCGUGUGGGACAGCAAGCCAUCGGGGCGAGGGCGGGGAUGUCGAUCAGGAGGCUCGGGAUAAAGCCGAGGAAGACUUAGCCGCGGCCGGCAUGCGAUUCGACGACUUCGCGUUCCCAGCCUUCCCUGGCUCUGGCUCCCCCCCGCGCCAGCCGCGUCCAGUACUACGAGCUCGUAGAGAGCUCCGAGGUCGACGACACCACCCAGGGGGAAGACAGCCCCGUCAAGAUGCUCGGUCAGCUCCCGACAUUCGGAAACGCCGCGCCGUCGCCGUCGCCGUCCACCCGCCCACGUAGCCAGCUGACCGCACGCAACACAGGCUUCGCCAGCUGCGCGGAUCGUGUCGAAAAGGCGGCCGCGCGCAACCGCGACGGAAUGUCUUCGGCAAGUGACCACUCCACACGCCCCCACGAGGGCCGGUCGCCGUCCCCGAGACCCGAGACGGCUCGCGCUUCCGGCAGAGAGGCAUCGAGCGCCGCGUCAAGUGGCCCCUCGCUGAUC